CGCGGCAGCGGCGCUUUACGGGCGGGCCGUAAAGCGUCGCGGCGGCCCACGUGGGUGCGGACGCGGGGGGCGACAUGGGGAAGCGGCGUGGCGGGCGGGAGCUGCUCCGCACCCUGAGCAAGAAGCAGAGGCGGCACCUCCGGGAGUUUGGGGAGGAGCACCCUUUCUACGACAAGGUUUCUGGAAGACCAGAAGCAACUCAAGUUUGUGAACUGUCUGAGAAUUCUGAUAAAUCAAGCUCAGAAAGUGAUACGGACACUGAACCUGAGCAGGCCUCAGUGUAUCACAAACUACUGGCUACACUGAAGACCUCUCCGGAGUCUGAGAUUGAAGAAGACGAAGAUGAAAGUGAAUCAGAAGAAGCUGGGGAAAGUGAGACAGAAAUGGACAGCGAAGAGUCCCAGGAGACUGGAGAAGCAGAAGGUGGUGAAGAAGAUGAAAAUGAUAUAGCAGACAAAGAAGAAGCUAAAGAUACAGGAGAGCAGACACUUGGUGAGGAGCAGGCUGAUGGUGCAGAUGCCUCUUGUGACCCCAGUCAUGGAGUAAUUGAGGAGUUUACUGAUGUGAAACAUGAAUCUGAAUUUAGCUUGGAAACCAAUUUCAUGGAAGAGGAGAGUGGAGAUUGCAAUGCAGAUGAGAGAAAGAGCAGUACUUCGCAAGCCUUUUCAGAAGAUCCAUUUAAACAACACAUGGACAAAGAAAUGGAAGAAAAAGAAGUAGAAAAAAUGUCUAUGCUUUCUAAGUCUUCAAGUCAAAUGAAGUGGCCGAGGCUGGGUCAGCUAACUUUUUCUUCCACUUUGGAGAAACGUAAAACCUUAAAACCAGACAAAGAAGUUGAUGUGAAACAGCUUCAUCUUCAUAAACCUUUAGAAGUCACUUGGCCAAAAGUGAACAAACAAUUGCUCUCCUCAGUGAACAAACCAAGUGAUUCCUGUUUUACUCCACUACAAAAAGAGCUCUUCUGUAUCAUGAAUACAUACAGGGACUUGUUCUAUCCAGAAAGAACUGCUUUAACAAAUGGAGAAGAAAUCCGGCUUGCUUAUUGCCUGCAUGCACUGAACCAUGUCCUGAAGGCAAAUGCCCAGGUGCUUGGCAAUAAUGCUAAACGAAGGGACCAAAAGCCAGGGAUUGAUAACGAUGACUACAGAGAUCAAGGGCUCACUAGACCUAAGGUACUGAUGGUGGUGCCCUUCCGGGAAUGUGCUUUGCGAAUUGUGCACGUUUUUAUCAGUCUUCUUGAAGUGAACAAUGAAAGAAAAAUAGAUGUAAGUAAUAAAAAGCGCUUCAAAGGGGAGUUUGGCUCUGACCCGGAAGAGAAGCCUCCCAACCUGAAAAGACCAGAAGAUUAUGAAGCUGUCUUUGCUGGCAACAUUGACGACCACUUCAGAAUCGGGGUUGCGAUUCUUCAAAAGAGUAUGAGGUUGUAUGCACCAUUUUACUCAUCAGAUAUCAUCAUUGCCUCUCCCUUGGGUAUGAGGACUAUUAUUGGCGCAGAGGGGGAGAAGAAGAGAGAUUUUGAUUUUCUGUCAUCGGUAGAAAUUCUUAUAAUUGAUCAAGCAGAUAUUUACCUGAUGCAGAAUUGGGAACAUGUUCUGCACCUGAUGAAGCACAUUAACCUCCUGCCUUUGGAUUCCCAUGGGGUAGACUUCUCCCGAGUGCGUAUGCUGAAUCUCAAUAACUGGUCCAAGUACUACCGUCAGACACUGCUGUUCAGUGCUCUUCAAGAUCCCCAGAUUAACUCCAUCUUCAACAAGCACUGCUUCAAUUACAUGGGGCAGGUGGCUGUCCGGAACAUAGCACAGAUUGGCUCCAUUAGCCAUGUUGUGGUACAGCUUCCUCAUGUUUUCUGGAGGCUAGAAACUGAAAAUUUAACUUCUGUAAUGGAUACAAGGUUUCAGUUCUUCAUUGACAAAGUUUUGCCUGAGUACCGUGAUGCCAUCAUGUCACACACGCUCGUAUAUGUUCCAUCAUAUUUUGACUAUGUGCGUCUUCGAAAUUACUUCAAGAAAGAGGAGUUGAAUUUUGUCCACAUUUGUGAAUACACUAAAAAGGCUGGCAUCUGCAGAGCAAGACGUUUCUUCCUCAAAGGAGAGAGGCAGUUUUUACUGCUCACUGAGCGCUUCCACUUUUACAAAAGGUACACAAUAAAAGGCAUUAGGAACCUCAUUUUCUAUGAGUUACCAACCUAUCCCCACUUCUACAGUGAGAUUUGUAAUAUGAUGAAGGCCACAGACAAUGGAAUGGAUGCCACUUGGACUUGUACUGUCCUCUAUUCCAAGUAUGAUGCUCAGAAAUUGGCUGCUGUUGUUGGCAUAGAUCGCACAGCUCAAAUGCUACAGUCCAAGAAAAAUGUGCACCUCUUCAUUACAGGAGAAAAUGAAUAAGCAAUAUUGCAAACUAGAGUGUUUGGAUGAACCUGGAUUUUGCUCCUUUGCUCCUGGAUAAUGCACUUUUGGAUGUUGUUUUUAACUAAGUGUUAAACUUUUUACUCCUUUUACUAAAUAUCUUGCUGAAAUGAUUUUUUUUGUAGUAUUAAAUUUUAUACUUAAGUUCUCUCUUAUCUCAGUCCAAUGAGGAAAGGGAAGAUGCCAUUCAAAAAAGCAGGAGGUGGCUAGUUUCUUCUGUGUAUAAACAAAAUCAGUUCAAAAUUAUUCUUCACUGGCUACUUUAUUCCUCACUCUUCGUUGUGUGUUGAAAAAACUCACUGUUCGGUAAAGAUCUGUGGUGUUAAAAUACCUUUUGAUUUGAUUGUUCCACUUCAUUUUCAGAUAUAGCAAACUCGCUUCCUUUCAUCAAAGGCAACUUUUUCUUUUAAUCUAGGGAAAAAUAUACCCACUUACUGAGGCAGUUGUUAUGUAAGGGAGGUGUAGGUAGAGCCUCAGCAACCCACCCAUAUUGUUGAAUGGUUUAAUUUGCCUUGACUGAUGAAUGUGCUGGGGUGUGAAGUGUGGUUUUGCAUUUUCCCUGAGUGGCCUAAAUAUAUUGCCUACUAUUUACAGUACUCAUUUCAGUCCCACUGACUGGUCAGCUUUAGUGACAAUAGAUUUUUUUUUUUUUUUUUCCAGAGGGGUUGGAAAAUGAGUUAAGCUUGACAGGCAGAAGAGACUAGGCUUACCUAACCUCCCGAUUAUCAAAGCAGUGCUAUGCAGUGCGAAACUGUGAUGUAGUUGCAAAUACCUGUUAUCUCCCUAGAUACGUGUGCUUUCUUGGUUUUUUGUUUGUUUGUUUUUGUCUGCUACCCUUAAUCGUUGCUUGUGGAAAGCAUAAACAUGUCAUUGAGCUGCCUCUUCUUUCUUUUUUUUAUCCUCCUAAGAAGCUAAGUGUCAUGUAAAAGGAGCUAGAAGUAGCAUGUAAGCAUGUGCUAGAACUGCUGGAGGACAGUUCUGCAGAGGGGGGUGGUGAGGCCUGUGUGAGCCCAAAUGCAAGAAGGAAAUAUCUGUGCUGAGAUAAGCUUGGAGGAAAUUCUCAUCUGGGAGGGGGCUUGAGAAAAUACGCCAAAGGGAAAUAAACUCCUCAAGUAAAUGCACAAGCACAUAACUUUAGCCAGUUUUUUAAAUCCUGUUCAUGAUUCCUGUAUUUCUCAGAGGGUGUGAACUCAUAUAGUCAUUGCACUCCUCAAAUCAUUUAGUACGUGUGUAAAUUCAUGUAGUUCCUUGCUUUCUGUUUCGAUUAGAUGAUGAUGUCUGUUAGUUUUAAGCACCUCUGUUACACACACAAGAAUUAAAAGCCAGCCAAGGCAAAGUUCUCUUUUGAACAUCUGACAUACAGCAGAGGCAGCAGGAGCAGCAAACAAGGAUUUUCUUGUAUGGCAAAGGCUUGAUGCAGGAGAACUGUGGAUGUGCAUAUAAAAGCAGACACACAAAAUAGGAUUAAGGAUUUGUCUUCCCACACCGGAGGUACUUAUCACAGAUGAAUAGCAGCUGACCUCUGAAAAAGCCAAAGUGGGAUAGCUACUUAGGGAGAUAAAAUGAUGCAGUGUUUAAAGGGGUAGCAAGAGUAUCGUGCCAGAGUCUUAACUGUGCAAGUUGUUGGCCCACUUGAUACUGGGACUGUGCUAUGAACUGGAUGUAGGAUUUGGUCUUGUUUAAAUUUUCUUUGUUCCCUUUUUAAUUUUUUUUUUUUUUUUUAAUACUCACUGGAGUUCACAGGGAGCCCCUGCAAAGAUGCAUAUUGUCAGUAAGGGCUGCAGCGUUGGUGUGGGAAUGGGUGGUUGAGGACACGAAGAUGAGUUGGGAGCUCUAUAGGUUGGUAUUGCUAACACUGCUCUGCAUCUUUAAACUACAGCCUACAGCAACAUGUCUCUCAGGCAGCUUGUAUCAUUUACAGAGAGCAGUAGACUCCACUGUGGGAAUCCAGUUGGCUAUGUUGUCUCAUGUCAGGGCUGCUUUGGGGAGGAGAUACAGUCUGGUCUCUGCUCCACAGUUACUCUGAUUUCAUAGAUCAUCGCUUUGAUGGGGUUGAACUGAGUAGGCAGUUGUUUAUUUAGCAGUAGAUCCAGAGACAGUGAGUUACCAUUGGAUGGCUAGAGCUGACAUCAGAAAUUGGCCCAUCUUGGAUGCUGGUUCGCUGAUACCAAUGCUUCAUGUGCUUGGGGAACUACUCGCUCUAAAUGAGUUACUUAAGAGCCCAUCUUACAAAGUGUUUUCCUGACAGUGAUGCGGCUUUCAGAGAGGUGGCUUCUGAAACCCAGUAGAACUGAUGUCAGUGAGCCAGCCCAUCUGCACUUCCUUCUUGUGUAAACUUGUAACCAAUGUUAAAAUUGCAAUAUGUACAUCUAGGUUGUCUGUCUUUUUUUUUUAAUUGUUCAACACUUUUUUUAAAAUGAUUUCAAAGUUCUGAUACAAAUGGAGUAAGAAAACAAACUAGUGAGUAUAACAUUUUUACUUUGCUUUGCUUGAUGGCUUGUAAUUUUAGCAUGGCAACUUUUUUACAAGUUGGAUAAAUGCACUGAUAUUGAGUAGUUACUCUUGUCUUGAGGAGUCAAAAAAUUAAAGCAAAAUCCUAUUCA